CAGAGACAAGUCUGUAUCUCUCUCUCAACCUUCAUCGCGGCCUCCGUUGGCGAGCACGGUAUUGCUGACGAACUGCACAGUACAUUACUCAUCUCCCCUCACGUCCCCGAAACAACCUUGCGAUGAACUCAUAUCCCAAUACCUCUUCUUUGUUCGACCUAUCUCAACCCUCCACUUUCGCCCAGCUUCCUGACGACGACUUCCUUGCUCUUCUUCAGAAACAAUUCCCAGGUCAAUCUCAAAACAACCAUUUGUUCGGUGGCUUUGACCAUGCUGUCAAUCCGCAAAAUCUUUCCCAAUUCACCCUACCGACCAUGUCACCGUCUUCAGAAGACACAAGCCCAAGUCCACCCAGUUUGAACAAGGACGACCAUAAAAAGCAAGGCUCGGAAGAGGCAGAAGAGGUAGUAGAGUCGGCGCUGAAACGCAAAGCUAGUGAUGACGACCUGGACGACGAACCCAGCCUGAAAAAUCAACAUACUGGGGCGAGUCCUUCUUCAAGCAGAAAGGGAACAUCGACUAAACGAAAGGCUUCUGGCCCCGACGAGUCGAAGGCUUUGAAACGCAAAGAGCAAAAUCGAGCAGCCCAAAGAGCAUUUCGAGAACGCAAGGAGAAGCAUGUUCGAGACCUGGAAGACAAGGUUGCAGCAUCUGAAGCCAAGAACGACGCACUCGCUUCAGAGAACGAGAACUUACGAGACCUCCUCACUCGAUUACAAUCGGAGAACGUGGCUCUACGCCAGCAAGCUUCAUCCUCAUCAUUCACCUUUACUGUACCCAAGUCAACGACUACCACGACCCCCGCGAAAAGUCCUCAAUAUCUGACGGACAACUCCGUUUUCUCGACUCUCCCUCGAGCGAUGUAUCCAUCCCCAGACCCUAAUCAUCUCAAUAAUCCAGUUGAUACGACAUCGCUGAUGUCAUUCGAUCCCAAUGUUCUCAACUUGAUAGACGAGAAUGCACAACAGACAGCGACAGACGGUGCAAUGCAGAUGGACUUUGAGUUCGGGAAUGGCAAUAGCAACAAGGAGCCGUCGACCAGUUGGCUACCAUCCAAUCUCACGACGCUUUCGACUAAUCCUGCAUACUUCUCUCUAGCCAAUAUGUUCGAAUCACCGCCACCUGCCUCAUCAUCUGCCGCUCCCGUUUCAACGAGCAAUAACGAACAGAGCUCGUUCAGUUUCGAUCUAAAUUCCUUGGCAGCUUGGCCCUCGAGUGACGUCGGCACCCUUGAUGAUCUGUUUGGGGGUUAUAUCAAUCCUCAACCUCCCAUGGAUGUGGAUGCCCUUUUACGAGAUUCGACGUCAUCAAUUAGCCCUGUUGUACACCACAACAAGUUCUCCCCUUCGACCUCUGCGUCAUCUUCUCCCGCAUCACACGCUUCAGAGCCAAGUAUAUUUAGCACGAGAGAAGGGUCUUCCUCGGACUCCGAAAUUGGCCACGAUGAGUCACAUUGUCCGAAGACGAGGGAGGAAGCGCUGCAAAGGAUAGCUGCGGAGGGGUCGUCGCCGUUCGUGAAGGAAUCUCCUUCGUCACAUGAGAAGUAUCUGGAAGGCGGUAAUGCGCAUGGACCAUCCAUGUUCGUUGAUUCUGAAGUUGAGAGCAACAUCAUGCAAUCAAUCACUUGUCAGCCAGGCAGAACGACCUUCCCUUCGACGGAACGAAACGAGGAGAACGUGGAAGUACUUACUGCCUGGCGGAGUAUCAGGGCGGACCCCAACUUCAAGAUCCAGGAAUGUGACAUGACCAAACUCUGCUCCGAAUUCGCGAGCAAGGCGCGAUGCGACGGGAGUAGGGUUGUACUCGAGCCUUCAGGAGUGAAACACAUCCGGGAAUCGUUAACAAGAAAACACUAACCACUCUCUAUGCCGGGUCCUCUUUGUUGGCACCUCGAGUAAUGGACCACAGAUAAUCUGCUCAACCCUUUCGCGAUGGGGAAGGCACCUUCGCUGCCUCACUACCGGCCUCUUCCUUUACUCAGUCAAAAAAAAAAGAAGAUUUUUUUGAUUGGAGAGUAAUAGAGUUUAUCGCCAGUGCUCCUAUGUUAUUCCUAUUUCGUCUUUUAGCUCAUAACACAGUACUCUCCGAGCUUUGUGCUCCGUGUAUGAUUUAUCGUUGUUUGUGUGUAUUGUUUUUUUUUUUGUUUCUUCCUCGUCUCGACUUCUUUUACACACUUGGCUGGGGGGAAGUGGGUUUUGUGAUUUGGACAUGUUUUUACUCGUUUUUUACGCCUGCGAGCUCGUAUUUUUCAACUUGCCUGAAGUAACAUGGAAUGUAUCGUCUUCAUUUUUUGUGCGACUCGAAACUCUGUAAUACACAUACAUUGAUAUGCAUAGGUCA